UAAGAGCAGUUAGCUAACUUUAGCAAAACUAAACAACUACAAUUGAACAGGAUUCACCGCGUGAAUGGUGACAUGUGAGGUGCGGACGUCCGCUGUUCAUAAACUUCCGUCGAACAGAAUAUUUUCACCUCAUAGGAAGGACCAUGUAUGAAAAUGUUCCUACAGUGUCCACGCUGGAGCGACAGCAGGUUCUGCAGGCCUUGGAGAGGCUCCAGGCCAAGCUCCAGCAGCGUGAGGAGAGGACCCACAGUGAGAGGCUGGGGGCCCUGAGCGAAGCCCUGCGGAGCCCCCUCUUGGGACACAUCCUCACCCUGCAGCACUCCAUCAAGCAACUCAAAGACCAGUUGAACAGCAUGCCCCCUGACACCUGCAGUGACUUCAGCUUCUCCAGAAAAGGCCAGCUUAUCUUCAGCGCCAGCCGGCCAGGCAGCAGUCUGCUGGGGUCAGGGCCGGGCUCUGUGCUGUCUAAUGGCACUGGUUUCUCCUCGGUCAGUAUCUUCUCCUCAGAACAGCUCCAGAGGUGGAUCCAAGCAGCAGCUAAGGGAAGACAGACAGAACAUAUCAUCUUACCCAAGCCUCUCUCUGGAGGUCUGGGCUUCAGUGUGAUAGGCCUGAAGCCUGAGGGAGUGGGGAGUCAUGGUGUCUUCAUCAGACAGGUGCAGCCAGGAAGUAUUGCUGACAGGGAUGGCAGGAUGCAGGAAAACGAUCAGAUCCUGGCGAUCAAUGGGACUCCCCUCGACCAGAGUGUCACCCAGCAGCAGGCAACCGCCCUGCUGCAGCAGGCGGGCGAUCGGGUGGAGCUAGUGGUGGCGCGGGACGCCGCGGCGCCGCAGCAGCCCCAGCUGCUCGGGCCCGUUCACACGGAGCAGUGGGGCCAUGUGGAGGAGCUGGAGCUGGUGAACGACGGCUCCGGGCUCGGCUUCGGGAUUGUCGGGGGCAAGGCCACAGGCGUGGUGGUGAGGACUCUGGUCCCGGGCAGCGUGGCCGACAGGGACGGUCGGCUGCGGACGGGCGAUCACAUCCUACGCAUCGGCGACACGCCAACCCAGGGCCUCGCCAGCGACCAGGUGGUGCGGGUGCUGCAGGGGUGUGGCAGCCAUGUCCGAAUGCUCAUCGCUCGUGACCCCCUGGGCGAGCCCCGCCCUGCUCCCCCGCCCCCGCCGACUCCCGCUGCGGCGCCCGUCUCCGCCCUGCCCCCUCUCCCACCCACCCCGCCCACUCCACUUGCCCCACCUGUCCCGCCUCGCAGAGGGAGCAGGACUCCUAACCUGGAGGGCUACGAGAUCCAUGAAGUGGCACUGAGAAAGAAAGAGGGCCAGAGCCUCGGCAUCUCCAUCGUGGGCUAUAACGCCUUAACCAGCGAAAACGCUGUGGGAGUUUUUGUGAAGCACGUUGUUCCGGGGAGCGCAGCUGAGCAGAGUGGGAAUAUCCGAGUCCAUGACAGGAUAAUAGCGCUGGACGGGGUGAACCUCCAGGGCUUCACCAACCAGGAGGUGCUGGAGGUGAUGAAGAGGACGGGGCAGACAGUCAACCUCACCCUGGUCAGGAAGAUGGCCUCGCCUAAACGCGUUUCCAUGGAGAGGUCUCUGGAUAAAGUCCAAAGGGAGUCCUCACGCGUGUCUCUGAAGAGGUCCGCUGAGAUCAAGGUGCGGUCAGACGUGCCGAAGACCCCGGUGGUGGAGCCCACGGACAGCGCGGUCUCCGCGAUUAAGCCGCAGCUGCUGGGAGCCCCAGACCAGGUGUCUUUGACGGAGAGGGAGCUGAGGGCCAAGUGGGAGCAGGCUCUUGGGCCUGAUUACAGAGUCUUGGUUGUUGAGUUGGACCCUGUCAUUGAAGAUGAUGCUGAACUGCAGAAGUACUCCAAGCUUCUUCCUAUUCACACCAUGCGUCUGGGUGUGGAGCUGGACUCCUUUGAUGGACAUCACUACAUCUCCACUGUGGCCCCUGAGGGCCCGGUGGCCAAGCACGGCUUACUGCAUCCAGAGGAUGAGCUUCUGGAGGUGAACGGAGUCCAGCUGUACGGGAAGUCCAGGCGCGAGGCGGUGGCCUUCCUCAGGGAGGUGCCCCCGCCCUUCACCCUGGUCUGCUGCCGUCACCUGACCGAGGAGGGUGGCGAGUUCCAGCCCGAGGCGGAGGAGGAGCCGCAGCAGCAGGACUGGCGAGCUGUCAGCCCAGCGGCCAGCCUGCAGGAGCAGAUUCAUGAUAACCCCCCAGAGGUGGCAGAGCGAGGAUCCCCCUGGCACAGCCAGCCCGAGCCUUGUCUGGAGGAGGUCAUCCCCAAGCAGACUGAGGAGUGGGAGGAGAGGGUACCAUCAGAGCAGCGCCACCAUGUGGAGGAAGAAGAGGAGGAGCAGGGGGGAGAGGAGGAGGAAGAGGGGGAACUGGCCCUCUGGUCCCCUGAGAUCAAGGUGCUGGAGCUGGAGAAGGGGGAGCAGGGCCUUGGCUUCAGCAUUCUGGAUUAUCAGGAUCCCCUUGACGUUGCACGCUCGGUCAUUGUCAUCCGCUCUCUGGUGCCGGGGGGCGUCGCCGAGAGCCACGGCGGCAUCCUCCCCGGGGACCAGCUGGUGUUCGUCAACGACACGCACCUGGACACCUGUCACCUGGCACAGGCGGUGGAGGUGCUGAAGGCCGCACCCCCCGGCAAAGUCUACCUGGGGAUCAGAAAGCCCCUAGUGCCGGAAGGGGCGGAGGAGAGGGGACAUGGCGAGCAGGACCUUGAGUCAGGGGGAGGACAGACCGAAAAGCCGGAAGAAGGAGUGUCUCUCAGCCCGAGCAGCUCCCCUGUCCUUCAGCAGAGUUUCGGUGAUGGGCCCCUCCUCUCGGAGGAGCUGGUGGACGAGCCGGAGCUGAUCCUGGACACCUCCUCCCUGCCCCGCUACGCCUCCCCGCUGCCCGCCGACGAGGCGCUGGGGAUGCGCUCUCCGGACAACGACGAGAGGGAGAUGGCCGUGGAUGAGGAAGAGGAGGAAGAUGAAGACAGGGCCAAAGCAAUGACUGCAGAGGAAAUUCCACCUGCGUACCCCACAAGGACCUCACCCUCCUGGGAGGAGCCUGUAGAUGGCACUCUUGUGGACCUUCCGCCUGUACAAACCAGCCUCCAGCAAGAGGAGGAGGAAGAGGAGCUGAAGAGACCAGCACUAGAUCUCAGAGGCCAGCAGAGUGGGCUUCCUCUCAGUGAGUUAUACACCCUGUCAGGUCACCCUGUUGGGAGGUGGCGAGAGACAGGCGACAGCGAUUCAGACUCCAGGAACGGGGGCUCUGAGCUCACACUGACGGACACAGACACAGAAUCUGUCCAUUUGGCUUCUGUGGAGAAGGGAAAGAGGAGGGGACAGGCUGCAACCUUGCCACCUCUCCGAGGAGCGUACAGGGACUUACCUGAAAGAGAGGAGGGGGAGGGAGAGGAAACGCCUGCCUUCAGCCACUGGGGUCCCCCACGCAGAGUGGAGGUGUGGCAGGAGCCGCAGGAGUCUCUCGGCAUCAGCAUCGUGGGCGGCCGCACCGUCAUCAAGCGCCUGAAGAACGGGGAGGAACUGAAGGGCAUCUUCAUCAAGCAGGUGCUGCCAGACAGCCCCGCCGGCCGCACCCAGGCGCUCAAGACCGGGGACAAGAUCCUGCAGGUGUCAGGUGUGGACCUGCAGAACGCCAGUCACGAAGAAGCAGUCCAGGCCAUUAAAAGCGCCCCCACUCCUGUUGUGUUCAUCGUCCAGAGCCUGUCGGCCACUCCGCGGCCUGUUUCUGUGAUGGCCCCCAGCUUCAGCAAGCACAAGAACAAGAGAAAAGCGGCCACGAGGGCAGCGAUGGGCAGCGUCCCUCCGCCGAUGCGCCUCCCUCCCCCUUACAGGGCUCCCAGCAGCCAGCCGCAGGAGAAGGAGCAGCAGGAGGAGGAGCUGGAGCGAGCCAGAGGAUAUAAUGGCUGACUGUUUUAUUGCAGUGGGGGCCAUGUUAUUGGCCAGGGAUUCCCUCAAGUGUUAUCAAUAGCCCAACAUGACACACAAAUAAAUUAUUGAGGAGUUGAAUCUUGCUGUCAUCUACCUCUAGCUAUGUGGGGGCUUUUUUUCUUCCCAACUGGCCUUUUUCACUGACAGAAGGGAAGGGCUAAACUCUGGCUUUUACUAGACAUUCUGGCUUGACUUUUGCUUGAAAUGAAGGAUUAGCAUUGACUGCUUUCUUUUGGAUGGGCUCAGAGUCGGUUAGUACUGCAUCUCUCUCCAGAUGAGCAGCUGCCCCCAUCCGCCAUGCACAAUUCAGGCUUAUAGGUUUUUGUAGAGGUUUGUCUUCUUUUGUUUUUCGGCUUUUUGUUAUUGUGUCACAUUUGCUUGGGCACGGACAUGGCAACCGCUGUUUCCCGACAUGCGGCUCCCAGAAUUGUAUACCCAAAGCUUAAUUGAUAUUUUGGUAAAUGGCAUGCCAAACAGCUGCUUAUGUUUUUGUUAAUUUCGUUGCCUCCUUGCCUCCCCUGUCACACAUUAUCCUCCCAAAAGCCUUUGCGUGUGAAACGCAUCUGCAGCCACUGCCAUGACUCAGCCGUUUCACCCAGCUGCACGCGGCCAAUCGCGUUCCACCCCGCUCAUCUGCGGCUGGGUCUCUCCGGUGGCCCUCUUUUAUGGGAUCGUUCUGCCUGUUGCUGCGCUCCUCUGCCUGUUGCCGUACUAUGGAAAUGAUGUUCUCCCUCUGAGUCUGCACAAUUUCACACCUCUCCUCCCUCCACCCCCCUUUCCUUUCAUUGUCUGCCCUGGUGUCACUGCGCCAAACACACAGACAGCAAAUUACUGCCCAACGCCAAUUAGCCAGUUAUUCUGCAUUCACCUUAGACCCCUGUUUGUGCAGUUAGUUUAAAAGCAUA